GUCCCAACCGAGCCUUUUACUGCUGUUCAGCAUGCCUUCGGCAUCCGUCUCGCCUGUGCCGUCGCCGCCGAGGCCGCUAAACUUUUUCUUCAGAAGGGGGACACUCCUUCCCAGACGAUUGUUCCUUUCCGCGUAGAUUUUUCUUUCCCAUCCUGAUUACAGCCUCUGUGAAACCAGGCGAUAGGAACCGUCUGGUUGCUGUCGUUUCUUUUUCAUUCUUUUCGUACACCCCUAUCGCUGUGCUUGUGUCGAAUCGUUCUUGCAUUCUCCGUCCUGCCUCUUGCAAAGACAGAUUCUGUGCAGGCCGAGUUUGCCCGUGAUGGCUUCUGAUCAUAUGGAUAUUGACAAGCCGUCCACCUUGUACGCGCACAAGUCCUCUAGCCUCCCCUUCGGGCAAGAUGUGUCCUUGUCCUCGAUUGAUAGCCAGUCCUACGUGACGGCGCAAACCCUCGUCCAGCAGGUGGCCUACACAUUGUCUGACAAAAUCUUCACCUACUCGCCAGAGACCUUCGACUUGGACCUUUCGCUGAAGAGCUGGAAAGGGGAUGGAGAGAUCAAUGCGUUUGGUUAUGUGCCCGGCGUGCUGACCAUGGAGACGCGAAUCGGUGCCGGCUUAAUCGCUCUGGGCUAUGUUUUCUCUAAGGACUUCGACCUUAAGAAGAGGCACAUCCCACAGGCCAUCGUGGCCUCGAGCGCCAGCUUGAACUACCUGCGCCCAUCGCUCGACCAACUGAGUCUGCUGCACGAACUCACAAGCCCCUUUGUGGCCCACGUUGCCGCAGUGGACUACACAGCCGAUGGACUCGUCACGGAUUACCUCACCAGCCUGAGCAUUGCCGACGAACUCAGCCUCGGCUUAAUCACCAGCACGUCUGCCCACGAAGUGCAGCACAUGUCCUUGUUAGCCACACUACUUGCCAAAGUUAUUCCUACCAUCCACACUUUCGAUGGUGUGAACGUUGCUCGCGAAACCCUUCGGAUCCCGGCCGCACUGGAUCAAAAGACCUUGGCUGCCAAGUACGGUGCCGUAGAGAAGGCGAUCUCCGCUACAGAGCUUAAGCAUUCAGACAGCGAAGGCAAGCUGUUACAGGUGCUGAAAGCGUUCAAUUCAGCGCUUGGCACGCAGUACGCACCAUUCGAAUACGUUGGCCAUCCAUCCGCGGAGCACGUGCUCGUUGUAUUUGGUACCUUGGAGGCGUCCAUCUCGGGCCAAGUGGUUGCCAAGCUGGUCAAAGAUGGUGCAAAGGUUGGCGUGGUAAAUGUCCGCGUCUAUCGACCUUUCGUCGAGGAUGAGUUCGUCAGGGCUUUACCUAAGAGCGUCAAGUCUAUUGCUGUUCUCGGCCAAGUUGAGGACGAAUUAGCUGUUGCAGACGCCAGCAUCUCGUCCUUGCUUUACAAAGAUGUUCUUGCUGCCCUAAGCUUCUCUACGUUCUUGUCCGAGCAGCCGGCGAUCUCCGAUAUCAAGUAUGGAAAGUCCACGGUCUGGUCGCCUGCCGCCAUCUUCAAGGUCUUCCAACAGAUUGUAGGCGCAAAGAGUCUUGGCGAGUAUACAAGCAUCGCCACAUUUGACGACACGACUCACCAGUCUACUUUCUGGGCGUUGAGCGACUCUCCCGCGGCUUUUGCGCCGCUUGCGCUCGGUCAAUUACUGUCGUCUUUCUCAGGCUCCUACGUUUCUGUCCGCGCUGCGCACGACAACCUGAUCCAGGGCGGUGUUGUGAAGACAGACAUUCGCACUUCACGCCAGUCCAGCCAGGCAGCUUACUCUAUCGACUCGGCAGAUGUAGUGUUUGUCAGCGGCGAGAAAUUGCUAGGUGAAUAUGAUCCUCUGAACUCGAUGAAAAAUGGUGGCGCACUCGUGGUUUCGCUUCCCGGAUUCAAGGACGAGCAUCUGGAGAAGAAACUUCCUGUCGGUCUGCGACAAGGUAUCGUGGCGAAGGGCGUCAAGCUCUUUGUAAUCGAUGCCACGCUUUCCGCCAAGGUCUCUGAAAGCGCCGACCUUGAGUCAUUGCUUAUUCAGCUUGUCUAUUUGAAGCUCGCUGGCUAUCUAGGCUCUACAAAGGUGCUUGAGAAGCUGGCCACUAUAAACGGUGAUCUUGCGACGAUCAAUGCUAUCGCGGCUGAAAUUGAAACAGUUUUCAAGCCUGUCCAGGUUCCAGAGUCAUGGGCUACGAUCGAGCCCGAGGUUGAGAAGAUAUCUCUGCCGACGGAGGUCAAAGUCAACAGCUUUGCCAAGUUUGAACGCGUCGAUCCAAGCCCGCCAAACGAGCUCGAAGAUUGGACCACGGUUGCAAAAGGUCUGCUCUUCAAGGAAGCUUACGGCACACGAUCCGCGCUUCGACCAGAUCUGGGCGUCAAAACUGCAGUGGUGCAUGUUAAGGAACGUCGUCGUCUCACGCCUCUCACUUACGACCGGAACAUAUUCCAUAUCGAAUUUGACCUUGGCGAUUCAGGAGUCACAUACGCCAUUGGCGAGGCUCUUGGUAUCCACGCAGAGAAUGACAAGACCGAGGUCGAAGAGUUUAUCAAGUGGUACGGUCUCAACGCGGACGAGAUUGUGCAGGUGCCCAGCCGCGAGGAUCCAGACGUUCUCGAGAGCCGAACCGUAUACCAAGCGCUCCUCCAAAACGUGGACAUCUUUGGACGGCCGCCGAAGAAAUUCUACGAGGCCCUUGCUGAGUUUGCUACGGAUGAGAAGGAGAAGAAGGCCCUUCUCACUCUCAGCACGCCCGAGGGUGCCACUGAGUUCAAGCGUCGCGCCGAAGUUGACACCAUCACCUUCGCUGACAUCCUGCUCGAACAUCCGUCCGCGCAUCCAAGUUUCCACGACCUUGUUCGCAUCGUCAGCCCCAUGAAGCGACGCGAGUACUCGAUCGCAUCUUCCCAACGCGUCACGCCCAAUUCCGUGUCGCUCCUCAUCGUGACCGUGAACUGGGUCGAUCCUAAGGGCCGUGACCGCUUCGGCCAAGCGACGAGGUAUCUGAACAGCCUCCCCGUUGGAGCCCCCGUCACCGUCUCCGUCAAGCCGUCCGUGAUGAAGCUGCCGGCCAAGACCACGGCCCCCAUCAUCAUGGCUGGCCUGGGCACCGGCCUAGCGCCGUUCCGUGCCUUCGUCCAGGAACGUGCACUCCAGAAGCAACAGGGCCACGAGAUCGGUGCUGUGAUGCUGUACAUGGGCUCGCGUCACCAGAAGGAAGAGUACUUGUACGGCGAAGAGUGGGAGGCAUACCGCGAUGCCGGGAUCAUCACGCACAUGGGCUGCGCCUUCUCUCGAGAUCAGCCUGAGAAGAUCUACAUCCAGGACCGCAUGCGGCAGACUAUGGAGCAAGUCAGACAGGCUUACUUCAAAGAGCAGGGAAGCUUCUACCUGUGCGGACCGACCUGGCCUGUUCCCGAUGUUACGGAGGUGUUGCAGGAGGCCUUCGAGACCGAGGAGAGGAGCCGAGGCGUCACGAAGAAGAUUGACAGCCGAAGGGCCAUCGAAGAGUUGAAGGACCAGGGCAGAUAUGUGUUGGAAGUGUAUUAGCUUUUCUUCUGACUUCAAAAGUUGGACGACAUCUUUUUGUGCGUGCUGAGAACUUGCUGGUGUGCACCUUGGACGUGUGCGGAAACACUAUGUUGUAGACUGUAUUCCAUUUCCCUUUGCUUCAUUGCUCAGUUGACUUGGCAAUAUAAACAGAGUCUUGGCCCUUUCUUGAACCCGAAAA